GAACAACCAACAAAGUGCUAAAAUUAAAUUCAAGUUAAUUAUAUAAAAUCAAUUCUGUGGAGUGCAUAAAUUACCAAAGAUGGCUCGCAAACAAUCUCCCAACUCACAAAUGAUCCUGCUCAGCUUCUGUUUGUCCGUGAUUUUGGGCGUCUCGGAGGCUCUGCCCAGGUGGAGUCGCCCCAGGGACUUGACAGCUGCUGGCAGUUUUCCUAGCUUGGCCUACGCCCCCCGACCCCAAGCGCCAAUGACCCUGACCGGGAACUAUAACCUGAUCAUGCCCGAUUACUAUGACCACCACCCGGCGGAGUCGAUGCAGUUGCAGAACUUUGCCAACUUCUUCGACGCCCAGAUGAGCCCUGGUGCUGAUCUCGGCAUGGAGGAGUCCCAGUUCCUGCCUAGUGCUCCUAUCCAGCGGGCUCCUCAGCCCCUGACUCCGGCGGAGAGGCGGGUCCGCCAGCAGCUGCCUCACGUGGACCUGAAUAAGGAAAGAAAGACCCAGCAGAAGCUAAAGAAGGGAAGCACCCAGCCCCGAGGAGAUGGCUACCAGGAGUGGGACCAGUUCGACUAUGAUCUGUACAGCAUCAAUCCCGGGGACAGCAAGAAGUACAACUACGAUGCUUAGUGUGUUUUCGGUUCAAGCUCCGACUGUUUACGUUUUUGUUUUUGUACCCAUUUCUUUUUAAG